AUGUCUUUCGUCGUCCUCUUCGCCUCUAGCUCGAGAGUGUCUCUUGCUUCGGGCCUCAAACCAGCUCACGGGGUGCAGCCCCGCGCAUUCCAGCACGCUUUCCAUGCUUGUUCGAGACGGGCAGCAGCUAAGCCUGCAGCCGCCCCCCUACCUUCAUUCCCCCCCGUUCCCCUGACAUCUCCCUGGCCAUGGCGCCCAGUUUCCUCGUCUACAAAGAAGGCCAACCCCCAUACCAUCAUCGAAGAGCGCGUGAUCUAUGCUAGGCCUAUGGCCUUCUCUCCUCGAAAGUACCUCGCCAUGGGCUUUUCUCUAGGAGCGCUUGGUAUGGUGUUUGCUUCUAUCCCAGACAAACCGAUAUUCCCCGACUGGUGGACCGUUGAGGAGGACAUUGGCAUCAUCGGCCGUGCGUUUGGAACAUUCAACAACUAUCUUAUUAUGGAUGCCCCACCGUAUCUCUGUCUCCUCGGAACGGCAGUCGUGGCGUGGCGAGUCUUUGUACAGUCCGGCCGCCGUGUCACUCGUCUGUCACAGAUCCGCGUUCGCAGUGAUGGAGCCGACAGUCAGCCAAGCAAAACAUAUCUGCAACUCUAUACCGGACGGCAAGCCUUUUGGGGAAGGCUGGCCAAACCUCGGGAGUUGGAUCUGGAGCAGGUCAACGUUGAGACCGUACCAGGCAAGCAUGGUAAAGGCUUCCUCUCCAUGACUUUGGAUCCUAAAGCUAGGAAGCUUGUCAUCAUAGAAAGAAGGCCCUACUUUCUCGAUUUCCGCAAUUCCAGUUUCUUGGCCGGCACAAAUCAGGAGGUGGUCGUUUCUGUCAAUCGCAUAGAACAUCUCUUUGGGAAGCUGCCCACUCCGUCAUCCUCCGCAUGA